CAUGGUUUCCAUACACUCGUAUCAGCUCACAUGGUCCAAACAUGUUCUGAUUAGGAAAUUCCUUCCUAUAUAAACACGGUCUUCUAGUUAAGGAAAUAAACCUACAUCUGUCCUUCUAACGACAACUACUACCCUGAACAAUAUGAGGAGUUUACUGUUACUGUGUUUGGCUGUUCCUGUAGUGUCAGGCUUUGUAUUGGAUAGUUUUGGUCUGAGUACAAAGGUCAACACAGUAUCAGAACUAGACGUAGCUAAAUAUCUCGGGAGAUGGUACCAGAUGUAUGCUAGUGAGUCUGUUUAUGCCACAUUCGAGCGAGGAGCACAAUGUGUUACCGCCGACUACUCACUAAAACCAGGAGUAACCAACAACAUCACAGUACUAAACUCUGAGACAGUAGACAGUCCUACCUCACCACUGAAAGUAACUCACGGAUACGCCCUGCCAUCGGACAAACCUGGACAACUGACCGUCGUCCUUGAAACUGCUCCUUUACCAGCUCCAUAUUGGGUUUUAAAGUUAGGACCAAAAACCUUUGGCACUGAUGGUCAAUACCAAUAUUCCAUUGUCAGUGAUUUCGUUAAAGCAACCCUGUUCGUGUUGGCACGUGAUACAACGACAUUUAAAACAUACGAACCAGAAAUCCUUCAAUUCCUAAAAGAGCAAGGAUUUACCUCUUUCAUAAACAAACCAGUAAAAACCUACCACGGAUCAGACUGCCAUUACAAUCCAAAACACCAGUAAACCAUACCACGGAUCAGACUGCCAUUACAAUCCAAAACACCAGUGAACCUACCACGGAUCAGACUGCCAUUACAAUCCAAAACACCAGUGAACCUACCACGGAUCAGACUGCCAUUACAAUCCAAAACACCAGUGAACCUACCACGGAUCAGACUGCCAUUACAAUCCAAAACACCAGUAAACCAUACCACGGAUCAGACUGCCAUUACAAUCCAAAACACCAGUAAACCAUACCACGGAUCAGACUGCCAUUACAAUCAUAAUCAUCAGUUAUCACCACUAUCAUAUAUAUUUUGUAUUUUCUUAAAUCUGUGAUUAAAUAUUUCUUACUUUU